AACGAAAAAUCUUUUACUUACGCCAUUAAUUUAAUAAUACCAAUAAAUAAAACGAAAUAACUUCAAUUAAAAUGGGGGAAAUGUGUCAAAGUUUAAUUGAAUGGUUUCAGACAUUAAAUCUGACAGCCUUACAUUCUACUAAGGAGGAAUUAUCCGAUGGUGUAGCUUUGGCACAGGCCCUCAACCAGUUUGCUCCUGAGUCAUUCACAGAUAUUUGGCUGUCGAAAAUAAAAACUGAUGUUGGUUCCAAUUGGCGCCUUAAGAUGAGUAAUCUCAAAAAGGUGGUAGAGGGCCUAUACGACUACUAUAGUGAUGUUCUAAACUAUUCACUAUCUGAAUUUCCUCGCCCAGAUGCUAUGCGUAUUGCAGAAAAGUGUGAUCCAGUCGAAAUGGAACGAUUGUUGCAAUUGGUGUUGGGUUGUGCGGUAAACUGUUCAUCGAAGCAAGAAUAUAUACGAAAGAUUAUGUGUCUAGAGGAGUCGUUACAAGCAAAUAUUAUGAGAGCUUUACAAGAACUAGAGUCGAGUUGGCAAGGAACAUCGAUAACAAGGAAUUCCAUAAGUAUUGCGAAUUUUGAUUAUAAAAUGUUGCAAGAAGAUCGCGAUCAAUUGGCCCAAAAAUGUUAUGAACAAGAAAAACAGAUUGUUCUACUUUCUGAAGAGAAGUCUAAUAUGAAAGCUGAAAUUAAAAAACUUCAAGAAGAUAUAAAACGGGUAGAGUUAUCAUCUACCAUUGGAGACGAUGGUGUAUCUUUGGGACCUGUACAAGCCGGUUCGGUGAGAUAUAAUGACAUGAGACGUCAACUGGAUAAUCUAAAAGAUGAACUACUGCAAUCGGAGACGAGCCGUGAAGAUUUAAGACUCAAAUCGCAGCAACAAGAGAGUGAAUUGCAGAUAUUACAACAACGUAUUGAUGAAAUGAAUAAAACAACUGCUGAAUUAAUACAAUUAAAGGACGAAGUCGAUAUUUUAAGGGAAUCUAAUGAAAAACUAAAAUUAUGCGAAGCCCAAGUAAACACUUUUAAAAAGAAACUUGAAGACUAUAACGAUUUAAAAAAGCAAUUGAAACUAUUAGAUGAACGAAGUGCCGAAUAUUUACAACAAAAUGUCCAGUUUGAAGAGGAUGUCAAAAAAUGUGCAGCCCUUAAGGGACAGGUUGAACUUUACAAGAAAGAAAUACAAGAAUUACAUAUCAAAUUAGACAAAGAAAUGGAGAAAAAUAUAAAGCUUGAAUUUGAGCACAAAAAUAUGGAAAGCGCUAUAGCUGCUUUACAUCGUUCAAAAGAUAAUUUGUUAAAAGAACGAGAUAGUUUGAGAGAAGCUAUAGAUGAACUAAAAUGCGGUCAAUUAUCUAAAAAUUUUGAAGCCGUCUAUGGUAAUACAAUGUCCAAAGAGUUACAUCCAUCAGCUUUAACUGAAAAAAUAGAAAGAUUAGAGCUAGAAAACAAAGCAUUGCGAGAGGGACAAGGAGGUCAGACAGCAUUAAUGCAAUUAUUAGAUGAUGCCAACAAACGUAAUGAUAACAUACGCGAGCAACUAAAGGUUGCAAAUGAGAAAGUUAUGACUCUUACUCAUGCAUCUUUGGGCGAUGUAUCCGGUAAUGGUGAUAAUGAAUUUGGAAAACAAAUCAAGCAAUUAAUGGAGCUUAAUGAACAAAAGACAAUACAAUUGGAUGAAUCUGUAAAUCAGAAUACUGUGCUACAAAAUAAAGUUACACAGCUGGAAAAUACACUUACCACUAAAGAACAAGAACUCUUAUUAUUUGAAACAAAAUAUAGGAAAUGCAUAGAAAGAGCCAAGGAGAUUAUUAAAAAUAUGGAUCCAAGGGUCUCAAAUGUUAUUGAUGUUAAUGUAUUAGAAAAUCUGCAAGAUACUGAAGAGUAUACCAGAGCAAAACUAUCUACUUUGGAAGAAAACCUAAUGUUGACGGCAUUCUACAGGUUAGGCGUUAAUGCUCAGCGUGACUCUAUUGACUCUAAGCUGGCUAAAUUAAUGGGACAAGGUCAAACCUUUCUCUCUCGUCAGCGCCAAUCUGGACCUAGGAAAAACUUAUCUACAUUGAAAGGAAAAUAAAACAGAUUAAUAAUAUUGUAUGGAUUAACAAUUAUUAACAUAUUUUUAAAUACAUUAUUUAUGUAUAAAGUCCCCAAAUAAGUUGUAUAUUUAAUCCAAAACUUCAUGAAGGGGCUUUCAUAUUAUUAUACAAGUUAUUAGAUUUUCUUCUAACAUAAAUUAUUUACACAUUUCGUUUCUAUACUAUCACAUUUUAAAUAAAAUACAAAAAAAAUUAAAAAAAUAAAAUAAAUAAAAUAAUAUA